UUAACCAUUGAAUAGAGUGACUUUCAAUUUAUUUGUGCAAUGAGUACGAUUAAUGUUCUUCAAACCAAUCAACGAUAUAUGACUUGGUUUGGAAUUUAUUCACAUCAAGUAAACGAACCGACCAAUGAGUUUUUCAAAAGGCCACUACCGUACUACCUGCAAACAGUAAAUGCUCUUGCAUUAAUCGCCAGUUGGAUGUAUUUUAUGAAUAAUCGAUCAUCCGAUUUCAAAACUGCAAUGGGAGGCAUAAAAAUAACAUUCGCUCUUGUUCAGUGUGGCGGAGUUUAUUUCAAUCUAGGUUACAAAAUGAUAAACAUGAAAGCAAUGCAUCUCAAAUUACAGGAAACCGUCGAUGCAGGCGUGGGCGAAGGAUAUCGAAUUUAUUGGGAGAACGAACAACGAUGUCGCACAUAUACAAGAAAUAUAUGCUCUUUCAUUUUUUUCCAUGUAUCGGCAUUUAUGUUGGUUUUGAUUCCGGUUAUUUAUCAUAUCUAUAGAGGAGAAUACGAUACGACAAAUUGGAAUUUAUUCUUUUAUAUGGUGGUUCCGUUUGAUCAAACACACGUUCCUGGCUACUUACUUAUGUGGCUAUUUCAAUUCAACACAGCUUUCUUUUACGUUUCUACUAUGACAACAUUAACUUCUUAUUUUGCAAGUUGCUGCUUUUACAUUGAUGCCAUGUGCAAUUAUUUUGGCUAUCUAAUUAGAUCAAUCAACGAAGAUUUAAAACAAAACACAGAUGAAAACCGACUUAAACUCAAAGUGUCCAUAGACAAAUUGAGUCAACUUAUUAAAUUCCACGUCGAUAUAUUCGACACGUUUUAUAGACUUGCGAAUAUCAAUGGCGGUUCUAUUCUGGCUUUGCUUCCCGUCAAUUGUAUUUUUAUGGCCAUCUCAAUUUACGAUGUAGAACAUUAUAUCAAAAACUUCGAGCCUUCACAUUUACUUUUUGAUGUAUCAUGCAUCGUUUGUUCGUUAUCGUGGCCGUCGCUUAUGUGUUAUUUUGCGUCGUUGGCAACUGAUAAAAUUGCAUCGCUUGGUGAUGUUGCAUAUGGAUCCGAUUGGGAUAAAUAUCCGCUAUCAAUACGGAAAUAUAUUAUAUUGAUCAUUGCACGCUCGCAAGAACCCGUCUAUUUCACUGGAAUGAAUUUGGUUAAUUGUACUUUGGAAGUGCUUGGAAAGCUUUGCAAAACCGGUGGCUCGUGUUAUUUGAUGUUUAGAACGUUGGAACAGCGGCGGUAAAUGAAAAAUAAUUUGGUGAGCUUUACGAAUGUUUUGCAACUAAUCGAAUUUGACAACAGAGAAGAGAGCAAACAAUGGAUUUAAAUAUGAGUGAAAUUGA